UAGUUUUGUAAAUAAUUAAAUAAAAAGGAAAAGGCAAGUCACUGGCAUUUUCCCAUGUCUACUUUGAACAGUUUGGAAUUCUUCAGUGGUGCGUUUGAUUGAAGCUCUCUUCAGAGUUCACAUCCAUUUUCUUAAUUUCGACGCCAAGCCAGAUACCACUCGUUUGCUCUGCUUUCUCUCUCUCUCUCUCUCUCUCUCUCUCUCUCUCUCUCCGUUUUUGAGUAUUUGUGCUGCGUAUUUUGAGGUGCUAACGCUAAAUUCCUAAAUUUUCUGCUUUGUUUGUAAUCCUUGCUCUGUAUUUAUCCAACCCCUUGAUGGUUUUCAUGUGCUUUUCAAUCGCUAUCUAUGAUACCCAAUCAUUAGUACGCAAAUUAGAUACUUAAAUCACAACUGAUUAGGCAUAGCAUGUGUGAUUAAUGAACAAACAACUUCAAUAUGACAGGCUUGGAAUGAGCAUGUUAAAUUGUGCCAGGGUAUUGUAUUGACUUGUUAUAUCAAGCUUGGAUUAUUGGACCCCAUUGUUUUCCUUAGCUGAUCUCUUUCUUUUUGGGUUUUUCAUUGUUGACAGCAAUUGGUUUGUAUCUAUCCUUGGUGCCUCCCCAUCAUCCAUCCAUUUCUUGAAAGUUUCUUCAAUGGCUGAUGUAGGAUUUUCCCAAUAUACUUUUCCCGUCUUCUUAAGCUUUAAAGGUGAUGACACUGGAAAGAAUUUUAGCGAUCACCUAUAUUCAGCUCUGGAUCAAGCAGGAAUUCACACGUUUAGAGAUGAAGAUGAUGGAAUUGAGGGAGAGGCGAACUUUGUUGUGGAAGUCGAAAAAGCAAUGCGACAGUCAAAAAUAUGCAUAGUUGUGUUCUCAAAAAACUAUGCUUCUUCAAUAUGGUGCCUCGAUGAACUUGUGAAGAUAAUGGAAUUAAGGAAAACUGGUGGACUUGUUGUUGUGCCAGUUUUCUAUGAUGCGGAUCCAUCACAAGUCUGGGAACAGACUGGGAGUUAUGCAGAAGCAUUCGCUAAACAUGAAGAGUUGUUUAAGGGACAGAUGGAGAAGGUGGAGAGAUGGAGAGCAGUGCUUAGGGAAGUUACAGAUUUGAGUGGGAUGGACAUACAAGACAGGCAUGAGGCAGAAUUUAUUCAAGAUAUUGUCAAAAAGGUUGGGAAAAGGUUGGAUGGUUCAGUAUUAUUGCAUGUUCCCUCCUAUUUAGUUGGAAUAGAGUCUCGUAUAAAAGAUAUUAGCUUUUGGAUACAAGAUGUCUCGUAUGAUCCUGCUAUAGCAAUAAUCUACGGGAUUGGUGGAAGUGGGAAGACAGUCAUUGCAAAGACAGUUUAUAACCUAAAUUUAGAUCGAUUUGAAGUUAGUUGCUUUCUGGCCAAUAUCCGAGAAACUUCAAAACAACCUGAUGGUUUGAUUUUCUUGCAAAAGCAACUUCUUGAAAAAUCUCUUAAUGGAAAGAUAAGCAAAAUAAAAACUGUAGAUGAAGGAAGUAUUAAGAUAAAAGAAGCAAUAAGCUGCAAAAGAGUUCUUAUCGUUCUUGAUGAUCUAGAUCAACUGGAGCAAUUAAAUGCAAUAAUUGGAAUGCGGGAUUGGCUAUAUCAGGGCAGUAAAAUCAUCAUUACAACUAGACACGGGCAUCUGCUUAGUGCUUCUGAAACUUAUAAGAAGUUCAGAGUUAAAGAAUUCGAUGAUAAUGAGUCACUUCAGCUCUUCUGUUGGCAUGCCUUUGGACAAAACUAUCCUAUUGAAGGUUAUGAAGAGCACUCAGCGAAAGCAGUAAAGCACUGUUUUGGGGUUCCAUUGGCUCUUCAAGUUUUGGGUUCUUCUCUAUCUGUCAAAUUUGCAGAUGAAUGGGAAAGUGCAUUAGAAAAAUAUAAAAGAAUUCCUGAUAGUAAAAUUCAAAAGAUUCUCCAAAUAAGCUAUGAUUCUUUGCCAGAUGAUCAUGACAAAAGUUUAUUUCUUGACAUAGCUUGUUUCUUUGUUGGAAGAGAUGUGAAUUAUGCAGUUAAAAUACUUGAUGGUUGUGGGUUCUACACAAAAGUUGGAAUUCAAAAUCUCAUUGACCGACAUAUUGUCACUAUCAAAGACAGUAAACUUAUGAUGCAUCCUCUGCUUAGAGAAAUGGGAAGGGAAAUUACUCGCCAAGAAUCACCUGAGAACCCAGGGAAACGUAGCCGACUAUGGUAUCAUGAGGAUGCAUUCACCGUCUUGAGACAGAAUAUUCAGGGUACAGAAACUAUUAAAGGCCUCAUCAUCAACCUACAAACAGUAAUGGAAGAACAGCAGCGUAUGAUUUCUUGUAUUAAUUGUGCAAAACAACAAUAUCAUGAAGACCUGAUUUUCAAAAACAGAGCAAAACGACAUCGUCUUGGCUUCUUCUCCUGGAAACCUGUGGAGAUUGGCCUAACAACUUCAUUUCCCAUCUCAGGUGAAGUGGUUUUUGAAACGAAGACAUUUGCAAUGAUGCAUAAAUUGAAACUGCUCCAGCUCAAUUAUGUAAAGCUCAAUGGAAGUUACAAAGAUUUUCCUAAAAGUUUAAUAUGGUUGUGUUGGCAUGGAUUCCCUUUGAAAUCGUUACCAUCCGAUUUAUAUCUGGAGAAGCUUGUUGUUCUUGACGUGCGCUAUAGCAGUCUAAAAUAUGUUUGGUAUGGAACCAGGGUUCUUGAACAGUUGAAAAUCCUUAAUCUUAGCCAUUCCCAUGGUCUUGUCAGCACCCCUGACCUCUCAGGGCUACCAAAUCUUGAAGAAUUGAAGCUGAAAGGUUGCAUAAAUUUGGUUGAGGUUCAUGAAUCUAUUGGAGACCUCAAGAGACUUGUUUUCUUAAACUUGAAAGAUUGCAGAAGGCUUAGGAAACUUCCAAGAAAAUUUUUUAUGCAGAGAUCACUCGAAAAACUUGUUCUUUCUGGUUGCUCAACACUUGAUGAGCUGCCCAGCGAUCUUGGGAAAAUGGAAUCACUAAAGGUGCUUCAUGCAGAUGGUAUAGUAAGUUCUAUAACUACACCAUGGCAUUUAACCUUCUGGUCCUGGUUAUCACAAAGGCAAGGCAGAGAGUUCUCUUUUCCACUGACUCUUCCACCUCACUCCUUAGUAAGCCUAAGUCUUGCCAAUUGCAAUCUAUCAGAUGAUACUAUAUACUUUAGUAGCCUCCGCUCCUUGAAAUAUUUAAAUUUAAGUGGAAAUUCAAUUUAUUGCCUACCUAAAAGCAUCAAUAGCCUUACUAAGCUUGAAUCCCUUCUAUUAGAUCACUGCAAUAGGCUGCAAUCACUCCCUGAACUUCCAACAAGUUUAAAGGAACUGAGUGCGCAAAAAUGCACAUCUUUGAAAAGAAUUUCAAAUCUACCAAACUUGAUGACAUCAUUACUUUUAAACCUGGCUGGUUGCCAACAACUAGUCGGGGUUCAAGACUUGUUCAAGUUAGAGCCAAUAAGCAUUCUUGACAUAGAAAUGGCCAAUAAGUUGGGCUUGUUCAACUUGGAAUUUACGGAAAACAUUGAAGUCGAAAUGUUCAGUGUUAUGACAAUGACAUCAAGGACAGCUCCUCCCCAGGUUUUGCAUGAAUGUGGCAUAUGUAGCAUAUUUCUUCCAGGAAGUGAGCUUCCAGGCUGGUACAACCCUCAACGCGAGGGGUCAUCGAUAUCUUUUACUGUGCCCCCACCCCAUGGUCACAAGAUCCGUGGUUUAAACAUAUGCACUGUGUAUGCAUGCAAUAAUCUAAGAAAUGGAUUUGGUGAUCAUCAUUGCACUAAGGUCUGGAAUAAAACUAAGGAUCUAAGGUGGACCUAUAGCCCAACAUUUUAUGGAAUUCCUGAAACAGAAGAGAUCAUGCUAUGGCUAAGCCACUGGAAAUUGGGCGAUCAGCUGGAAGGUGGGGAUGAAUUGAAUGUUUCAGUGGUUAUGUCAACUGGUUAUCAGGUGAAAAAGUUUGGCAUCCAUCUUGUAUGCGAACAGGGAAAAGAGGAUACCCUACUGAAUAGCGAAGAAGCACAGCCAAAUACAUCUUCCUGGUACCAAACCUUCAGCAUUGCUGAUGUGGAUAUGUACAGGGUACGGAGGGAUGCUUUUUUCCUCUGCAAUCAUGAUUAUUUACUUCAUCAAGAAGUAUCAGAAUGCGGUUGGGAUAACUUCCAGCGACACAGCCACUUGUUUGAGCAAUAAGCUGAAAUUAGAGGCAUGUUGUUACUCGUCCUAUUCUUUUAAGCAUGAUGUAUAAGAAACUGUUCACUUGUGAUCCAAUUCACAGCUGUACCUCUUUCUUUGUUCAUAUUAGUAGUACAUUUCUUUGCUUA